CUCGGACCGGAAGGAGUUGCUGGCGCUUCCGGCGGUGGUUGCCUCGGUGAUGUCGUGGGUUCAAAGUACUCCCUUGGUCCAGGGUCCCGGAGAAGAGGGGGACGUGUUUGACGAGGAAGCGGACGAGUCGCUCCUGGUGCAGCGGGAAUGGCAGAGCCACAUGCUGAGACGAGUCAAAGAAGGUUACAGAGAUGGAAUAGAUGCGGGCAAAGCAGUUACUCUUCAACAAGGCUUCAAUCAAGGUUAUAAGGAAGGUGCAGAAGUGAUUAUAAACUACGGGCAACUCAGAGGAACAUUGAGUGCUUUGCUCUCCUGGUGUCACCUUCAUGAUAAUGGUUCGGCUCUGAUCGGUAAAAUAAAUAGUCUUCUGGAUGCAGUUGGCCAGUGUGAAGAGUAUGUGCUCAAACAUCUGAAAUCAAUCACGUCUCAGCCCCAUGUGGUAGAUUUAUUGGACUCUAUUCAGGAUAUGGACCUUGGUCAUGUAGCUCCAGCUGAGAAAAAGAUGGAUGAAGGUAAAGAUGAAAGACUCUGUGAAAAUAAUGCUAAGCUUCACAAAAACUGUGGCAAGAGUCUUAGUGAGGCAAACUGUUCAUCUCUAGAAUGUUGUAGAAUACAGGAGCAGCCACAUUCUGAAAACCCAAGCCUCACAUGGAUUUUAGAACAGACAGCCAGUUUGGUCAAACAGCUGGGAGUAUCACUCGAUGUAUUACAGCACCUCAAACAAUUAUAAAAAUUCUCUUCAUGUUUCUAAUGAAAGUAAUGUUGAGAACAUUUGUUGGAACACUUUGUUUCUUAACAAACUAACCAAAAUUUGUAGUGGUUUCUACAUGGAACACAUCACUUGUAGGUUAUCCAUCAUGGAAGUUUGAAAUGUUUUCAAAAUUAACACUAUUAAAUGUAAUAAGAGCUUUUU